GUUGUGCAUUUGACGUUUGUGCACCAAACUUGCACCAAACUACACGUUCUUUACUUGUAUUCCGAUUUUUUUAGUUACUAAUUAUAAAUUAUAAUUGUCGGUCUACAAUAAUGGGGUUCGAUGAAGGUCGAAUGGUUUUGGACAGCCCCAAUGGAACUUACUAUUCCGGACAAACAGUUCAAGGGAGACUAAUUUUUCAACAGGACAAAGUUAAAACUUUUCGCGGCCUGUUUGUGAAGUUAAAAGGGUUUUGCCACGUCCACUGGACUACCACCCGCACCAGAACGGUGAAUGGAAAGAGUCAGUCCUACACUGUGCACCAUGACUCACACGAGGAAUAUAUCAAUGCCAAGAUUUACUUGGUUGGAGGAGAAUCAGGAGAACACCACAUACAACCAGGCCUGCAUGAAUACCCAUUCCAUUUCCGACUUCCUGUCAACUGUCCCUCAUCGUUUGAAGGUGAAUACGGUCAUAUCAGAUAUGAGAUCAAAGCUGUUGUCGACAGAGCCUUUAAGUUUGACCAGGAGAAGAAAGUUGCAGUAAGAGUUAUGGCACCUUUAGACCUCAAUUUGGACCCCUAUUGUAGGGAACCAUUAGAGCUGGAGCUCCAAGAGUCGUACUGCUGCUGCUGCGUCAGCUCAGGCUCCACCGAGGUGGCUGUGAGGCUUCCCGUGUCCGGGUACUGUCCGGGACAGACCAUCCCCAUUGAGGUUACCUGCUCUAACAAAGGCGGCGUGGGGAUAGAUGACAUCAAACUGAUAGUCACUAAGAAAGUGACGUUCAUAGCAACGAGCGAGCCGGGGCAGCGCAAGUCGAAGGACAAGAUCGCGGAGAUCAAGAAGGGCCCCGUGCCGUCCAACACCAGCCGCAACUGGGCCGUGGAGAUGGAGGUGCCCGCGCUCGACGUGUACAACCUGUCCGGCUGCCAGUACAUACACGUGGAGUAUGUGUUCAAAGUUGUGAUAAGUCCUGACGGAUGUCACUCCGACUCUGACGCGUCACGGAGAUUCGUCAUCGGUACUGUCCCCCUGGUGGGAUUCCAGGACAAUGUGCAGAACCCCUUACAAGCUCAAUUACCUCAACCAAUAGUUGUUUCACAGCAACCGAUGUCCUCUUACCCCCCCGUGUUCAACGCCGGCGAACCACCUCAACCCCUCGGAAACCCCCCUUACCCUACCCCGCAACCGUACCCUGGGAAUGCGCCUUACCCAUCCGCCAAUCCUUACCCGAACGGUAACAUGCAACCGAAUCCUCCGUAUCCCCAAUCCAACUCACCAUAUCCACCAACUAGCGCUCCUUACCCCGCUGCUAAUCCUUACCCGGAAAAUCCUCCGCCUUACCCUGGCAAUUUAACAAAUCCUUCUGCAAGUUCUCCUUAUCCUGGGGCAAAUUCACCUUACCCUGGUGCUAACCCGCCGUACCCCGCAGAGAAAUCGCCGUACCCUGGCGCUAAUCCGCCGUACCCCGCUGAAAAAUCGCCGUACCCCGGGGCAAAUCCCCCUUACCCCGGAGCAAAUCCCCCUUACCCCGGAGCAAAUCCCCCUUACCCCAUGACAAACUCUCCAUACCCACCACAAAACGUGCCAUAUGAAAAGUCUAGCGCGCCAACAGGAAAUAUAGGGGGGCUAAAAACUGGCAAUCUCGGAUUCACUGUCGCAGGCGGCGCUGGGGUGAACUUGCCGCCGCUACCUCCUAAUGCUGCUCAGAGUCCUCCCGCUAACCCGUUCUCUACAGCCAGCGCGCCCGCACCGGACACUCCCACUGGCACACUGCCAGAGAAAAAAGAGUAAAAUUGUGGAUUCCGAUUACUUACUGCAGAAGUUAUCUUAUGUUAAGCAUCCUAUAUUCAUAGCUGGGCAUUAACUCGUUAAUCCGUUAAUCGUUAAUUAAUGAAGUUAACAUUUUGAUUAACGGAUUAACUUUUAAGUUAACUUUUGAAAAUGUUAACGGACACGUUAACUUCCGUUAAUAUGCAGAAGUCCGUUAAUCGUUAAUCCAAUGCCUACUAUUUACCGCGCGACGCGAAAAACAGAAUCAGACAAGUAAGAAAUGAUAAUAGAUUUUUUUUCAAAGAAAUCAACAAAUUACCAUAUUUAUAUUAUAAUUAUAGAUAAAAUCAACUAAAAACAAAUUAUGGCACUUUUCCCCAGUGCUCACCCUUAUUUUUCCAAUGGUGAUCAAUGAUAUAAAAAUGCAAUAUUACACAGUCAUAUUAACGGAUUAACGAUUAACGUUAACUUGCGUUAAUUCUUCCGGAAUGUAACGCUUUAACGUUUAACGAAGCUGACUUUUUUGGUAGCGGAUUAACGAUUAACGAAGUUAACUAUUUGAUUAACGGUGCCCAGCUAUGCCUAUAUUGUAAACUGUAAUAACAUUUAUUAUCUUUAAAUCACAAUUUAUGGAUACUGUUUAUUUUUUGUUAACUGAUAGAAAUGUUGAGCAAUUAUAUUUUAUACAAAAUGUUUAAUUAACUACAAAAGAUUAUUUUUUCAAGCGUGAUAUGCAGAAUGUUUCAAAAUAUUAUUUUUUGCACAAGAGGAUAUUUUUGAGGUGACAACGUCUUAUAAAUUGUUGAACACCGGCUGCUUCACGCAUGAAAAGUGUCACGAACCGCCUAAAGCUUUGCAGCUUAAGCAUUCGGCUUGUGAAUUGUGAUUCAUCUAGUUAAGAGUUAUUCGUUUUAUUGUAACCCGCCAUUUUGUAUUACUUACAACACCGCUCAAACUGCUCCAUAGUCCACUUGAGUUUAUGGUUGCAACCAUCGGUCGUAGAUCGUUAGAUGGGCCUAAGCGUCGCGGAAUUGUCAUUGGUUCGCACAUUGAGUACGUCAUCACUCGUAACACAUUUCUCUUUAUUCAUGUUGUGGCUUGUAUUUUUACACUUCUAAAAUGAAUAUGAAGGCAUAAGUAAGGGAUUAAAAUAAGAAAAAACAGUAAAUAUUUUAUUAGGUCUACGUCCACUCACAGCAUGCACUUGUUACGUACUAAGAUAAGAUGUGCGUGCACGUCUUUGGGUAAUGACAUAAAAUUAAGCGUUUUUUAAUAUGUAGGGGACUAUCUAUCGAUUUAUAUCGAUGGUUGCAACGCUUGCAAGCGUGGAACGGGAAAAAAGAAGACGUGAGCUUGUUCGUAGUGAUCGCUUAGUGGAACGUAGCCAUAGUACAUACCUUAUGAAAAAUAUAGUACCUACCUCCAAAUAUUUUAAAUUAUGCAGGUAUUUUUAAAGCUGACUUUGUCGAAUUUUUAACGUAACUAUGUGCUUUUUUAGAAUAAGAUUUUUACAUUUUAUAUUGUUAUGCAUAUAAUACUACAUAUAUACUCGUAGCUUGGUUUUACAUUUCGAAAUGGUUUACAUUUUUACAAAGUAAAUUAUCAUUGCUUAAAUUCCUACAUUCUACCUCAGUUUAUCUUAUGGGUCCUAAUACUACUAUUUUAAAUACUUCGUACUGGCUACAGGGUGACAUUCCAGGACAUAAGAUUCACAAAAAGAUUUACUUAUGCAUACACUAUUCAUAAACAUGGAUUGACAUUUAGACCACAAUUUACUUCAAAGUGGACCUAAUCACUACUGUUUAAAGUUCACUUUACUUUGAAGAAAUAUGAUCUUUGUUUAAAAAUAAUCUUUAAUCCCUUGUUUUGGCUUAGAAAACCUAUUUUCCUUGGCAAAAAAAUCACCUGAGUUUAAACUCAAUAAAACGUCACCCUGGUUACAGUUCCUAAUGAAAAGGAAUAGCAUUUAUUUUCGUUACUUAGAACAGAAUUCAAAAGUUCAAUAUUCUGGAAAAAAUAUAAAAUAUUUCUGUGAAAAACGUACUUGUUAGUUUAUAAGAAUUUUAUAUUUUAAUUCUGUGAUUCAAUUUUAAUCACCUAGGUAUUCGGAUUUUUAUUAUGAUGACAUGUUUUUGAAUAUAUUAAUGUUUUUAUGAUUUAUAACCCUAGAUAUAAAAUAUACUUAUUAUAUUAAGCGGGCUACUCACGCAUCUAGCGCUGUGCCAAUCUAGAAAGUUGACCCUAAAUUGGAAUCUAAAUUGUUUCGUGUAUACAAUUUCCUACAUUAUUCCUUUUGGAGGGUGGUAAUUGAUGAUGACAUACAAACACUUCUUUUUUUUUUUAGAAAAGAAUAUUUGCCAUAUCGUUUAAAUAUGACCUUCCAAUUCUAUACCCAUCUGUUCCUAUUUUUGCGUUUAACCGACAUAACAGUCGAACAAUAUUCAACUGAAUUGGUUCAGUGCAUUCGGAGAAAAUUUACUAUGACAAACGAACAUUCGGAAGGGUCUCAUUUUUGUAUGUUGGGAACCCUAAAAAAAGUAUUUUUGAUGUAUUUGAUGUAAAGGACGGCAAAAUUUAUCUUUGCCCGGGGCGAUGAAAUUGCUGGGUCGAGCUCUGAGUGUUUGAGUAGCCCGGUUUAAUAAUGUGGAACGUACAAUAUAAGAUAUGAUAUUUUUACUUAAUAAUACUAAUAAUAAUUAUAAUGCUAUUCUGCUUUUUUAAAAAUUUAUAUAAAAGUUAUUAUUCACGCUAGUUAAGGUGAAGCUUAGUUAAACUAAGGCUAAAGUGUCAUUUACUCGCUAGUCGAAGAAUAUUAUUUUGUCACAAAAUAAUAUACUUGUCCACUCUUUAUAUGAAUAAGAAGAAUUUAUUGUGAUUUUGGCAACUUGGUUUGAUUUUUUUUUUUUUUCAAAUUAUUUUACUGUUGUAUAGUCCUUGAUUCAUGUGCAAAAUUCUAAAUUAUUCACUCAAACAUACUUUGAAAAUGUUUUUUUACAAAUAUAUCUUCUUCUCUAAAUACAAGUAAUAAGACAACAAUACCUAUAGAACUUCCAAUAUAAUUACGAAUCGAAACAUUGGUGCUACUCGUCAAGUUUAGAUAUUGCUAUAAAUAAAAGUUAACGGUUUCUCUACUUUUAGAAGUCUUUUUGGUUAAGUCACAGAGUAAAGAAUGAUCCAGAGAAUGCAUUUACAAGCAGUGCGGUGAAGCCGGUGAAUCCCAUAAAAACCCAAACGUCAUGCGUCUCCUUGACAACCGCAUAAACAAACGUUUUUCAGAAUUUUUAUUUCAAAAUUUAACACUAACAACCAAUAAAAAAAUAUUUCAUCUUAUUUCUUUAGUUUAUUUAAACAAUUUUUAAAAAACACAAGACGCCUUCUUUUCGAGUAACAUUGAAAGUACUGAUGCGACGCUUCGUGUCGUACCUACUGACUCGAGAAUGUAUUCGUUUUUUGAAUUUUGUAUUUGGAGCGGCUACGACACCGUCUUGUUCCGUGCGCUGUUUAAUCUGUGGGUUAAGUGUAAGGACAAGUCGAGCGUAUAAUACUUGACAGACAGGGCGCAUUAGUGUAUAAAGCCAUUGACCUCUUUUAAUAAAAGAACGCACAAUCAUGUACAAAAUUUUACAUAAAAACUGGCCAAUUUAGCUUAGACAGUUUUAGAAAAUUAUUGGUAAAGAAAAUUAUACCUAAAAACCUUUAAAUAUAGUCCAAUACUCAAUAAAAUCAAAAAUUCUGAGCAAAUUCUACCAAAAGGAUUAAGUUUAAGGUUGAAUUUGCAAAUGCGACUUGAAUUGUGUGCCAAGCAGUUGUGUUUGGCCCUCAUUGAGUGGGGACGUUUUUUGGUCGCUGAUUGUGCAUCCACUUUUAAAUAGGCGAUCGAUGAAUCUUUAGUUUGUAAACAUACAAACACACGUCUCGGUUUGUUAUCUUAUCAAAUGGACUUCUCGAAAUAGAUUGACUUUAUGUACUUAUGAUAUAUACCUAACAAUAACAAAAUGUAAUGCUGUAAUUAAUGAAUGAUACACAAUAAGCAGAUAAGUGAUAGCCCAGCUUCUUGGAGCUCAGCAGUGAGCCGAAUAUGGGUUGAUGACGACGACACAAUAAGCAGUGCCUUAAGUCGGCCAGAGACUAUUUAUGAUGUUUUUAUAUUUUUGAAUGUUUAUCUUUAUAUUAAUAAUGUUAAGUACAUACUACUCGUGUAAAAGAAAUAAAUAUAUUAAAGAAAAAACUUGUUUUAAUGAUCUCCUUGUUGACUUUAAUGUGGAGCGGGUAUUUUCUUGCGUUACGAUGGGACUUCAAACCAGAAUGAGAUGAAAGAAAGUGAUAUUUUCGAUUCCGCCGCUAUUGAUCCGUCCGUCCGUCUACGAUAGAUAUGUAUUUUCUUUUCACGAGAUAUGUCGUUGACGCGUGCUAGGUCUACAGUUGAUAUUGUCCAAUGCACUUCUCACCUCCACCAAGCUAUUAAUAAUGACAUUUCUUGGAAGCAAGAAAACUCCAAUAUUUUAACCCUUAGGGUUACACGGUCUUAUAUUAUUAGGUGGGAUAAAGUUCCCCAUUUUCCUUUAUACCUUUCUCAAAAUUUCAAUGUCAUGAGUGAUGAUAAUGAUUAUGAUGAUGAUGAUGUCAAUGAUGAUGCGCUUUCUAUGCAAGCGCGUUUCACCAAUUAUGACUAUUACGAGUAGGUACUAACCUAUCUUGCAAGUUCGACACUCCUAUGAUAUGCGGGCGACAAGGGAAAAGACCGCGGGUGUGAAAUCGUACGUGCGGGGAAGUGAAGUGCGUCAGUCGACGGGUUUUCCUCCAUCGCUACACGCCCCCCGGCCCGCGCAUCCCAUCGGGAGUGUUACGAACGAAGCUGCCAAGCUAUAAUACGUACCUACUUACCAAAGUGAAACAGUUUGGCCGUAUCCUAAUAAUACAAGUAGAAUAGAAAGGCAGUUUUGUUCAAAUAGAUACAUUUAUUAUAAACAAAAAUAGACAUUUUCGUUAGUAGAUAACAAUAUAAUUAAUAUUAAGUAUCAAAUAAAUGCAUUCAGUUCAAUGCCCUUAGUGUAAAUUUUCAAGUACAUAAAUAUUUACGAAUUUCAACACUAAACUAAUCUGUCACAUUUGCUGGUACCUAAGUGUCAAUAAAGUGGACCACAAGGACUUGAAAAUUUAUGCUACGGGAACAGAUAACAAAAUUAUUGUAUUAAAUUGAAUCUUUUACUAAAAUAUAUAAUAAAAAAAAGUCAAAUAUAAAA